AUGCGCAUCUCAACAAUCAAACAACGUGAUGGAUGUGGCACAGUCCGACGACGCAGGUCCAAGGCAUGUUCACCUUGUUCCAAGUCCACCGCUGCUCCAACCAUCACUCCGAACUUCUCUGAAGACUCCGAAUCCGACAAGCUGGUGGUCAGCUGCAACGCUGGAAUUGCUCAAACCAAAACUGUCAAUGGUAGCGUCGUCAAUAUGAUCAACUAUGACUGUUCAAGGUCCGGCGACAAGACCAAAUCAACAACCUUCGAUCUGGACGAGUUCGACCGAGGCAUGCCGCUCUACAUAGGCGUACUCGGGUGCAACGGCAAAAUCACACGAAUGACGAAUGUCUGGAAAGCAACACAUCGAAGCCCCAUUCGCAUUGACAAUUCAGACAUCGUCUUGAACAAACAGUCGGUGCUUGCAAGCGACCCGGACAAGGGACACCAAUGGACGGUGAUGCUCAAUGAGAAAGGUCCAGACGGCAAGCUGAGCAGAGCAAAGAAAAUCGAUUUACGCGUUGGCGCUGUUCUCGACGGCGCAGUGGUAUACUACGAGGAUGGACACAAGACACCCUGUGGAUACCGCUACUAUGGUAACGGAUCUCCGUUCAACAUGGGCGGUGGCAACUCUCAAAUGCUCCAUCUCCCUCCAGGCGUCGACAUUGCGAAAGUCGAGGUAAAGACCUAUGGGUGGAGUAUGGAUGUUUUGGGAGGCAUAACCAUGACUCUGUCAGAUGGAACCAAAGCAGGAGCACUCAAUACUUACCCAAGUCCUACGAGAAACCUCACCAAAGUGCUGGAGGCUGGACCAGGACAGAAGAUUGUUGGAUUUUAUGGCACAUCUUGGGAUUAUACGCAGGAAUUCGGUAUUGUUACGGGACCUAACGAUGUGGAGCUUCCGCCGCAGACAUACGAUAUGCCUCAGCUGCAGAAUAUCCAGGCAAAGGGCCGGACGAGUGACUAG